AUGGUAGGUAGCGGCAUCCCCGAGCGCAUGCUGGCAGUGGCAGAAACAGGGUCAUUCAGGAGAUGUAUAGGCGACAUCGACGCGAGGGCCAGUGGCACUUCAACAUCUCCCCUUCAGUACGCGCGCUCCAGUAUCCUUACAGUAGCCUCACUUCUAGAAGCUAAUAUUAGUGGCAAUGACGACGAAGGUCCCAAGGCGAAGCAAUCUGCAGAAGUAGAAGAGCAGCAUGCUACGAUGAAGCAAUAUGUGGCACAGGGGGUGCAGCAUGUCAAGGUGAAGCAAGCUGUGGAAAGAGGGGGCCAGUAUGCCACGGUAAAAAAAGCUGUGAAUGGAAGAGAUGAGCGUCCCGUCCCCACUGAGAAGCCAGAUCUGUUUUAUGUUAUCGAUCCAUUAGCGCAUAUCGCAGAGGAGGCAGAAUUACGACGUCUUAAGGAGGCGCUACGGUUGCCCGCUUCAGAUGCCGUAAAUCUAACAAAGGAGGACAUGAAGGUUUUAAGUGAAGCAAAUGAAAAGCUCAAGUGGAUGAUGAAAACUCGAUCUCGGCUUGCCGUUGCCUUGCGCAAAAAGUUGGAAGAACGAGAGCGUUUAACUGCCCGCAUGGCACGCAUGAACCUUAACAGGCACCCGUUACACCGUGUGUUACGCUGUCUCCCGGGAGAGCCUUCUCUCUUCGUCUAG